UGCCUGUUCGCCGCAGAUUGUGCUGUCAGGAAAACAGCAACAACAUCAUGGCCUGACUUGGCUGUUUCAGAUGGGCUGAAGCUCGUCGCAGGACCGCAGGGGCGGUUUGGAGCCAGGACAUGUCUGCAGCACUGACGAAGGCGAGUGGGCAAGAGGGAAAGGACUGAAGGAUGCAAGGGGUGACGGUGAGCGGAGAGGCGCCCACCCUGACUGGGGGAGGAAGGGAGGAGCAGCGUCCCCUCAAACAGUCCUUAAGUGGCUCUCUGUGCCGGGAGUCCCAUUGGAAGUGCCUGCUGUUGACCCUGCUUAUGUACGGCUGCUUUGGCACCCUAGGCUGGUGCUCCCUGUACCGCAUCACAGUCAUGGCCUCUGAUGACCAAGGUCCUGCCUAUUACUAUGGUGACCGAGCCCGGCUCUAUCAUGACAGCCCCUGCUCCAAUGGAUAUGUCUACAUACCUGUGGCCUUUCUGGCUAUGCUCUAUGUUGUCUACCUGGUGGAGUGCUGGCACUGCUACUCCAAAACAGCCAACCUAGCUAAAGUGGAGAUCAGUCAGGUGUAUGAUCGAAUCCAGCGCCUACAGCAGGCCACACCCUGCAUCUGGUGGAAGGCCAUCAGCUAUCACUAUGUGCGGCGAACCAGGCAAGUGACACGCUACCGCAAUGGCGAUGCCUACACCACCACGCAGGUAUACCAUGAACGGGUCAACACGCAUACCUCCAGCUCUGAGUUUGACUACUUACGACAUGGCGUCAAGGACGUGUCCAAAGAGCUGCAAGGCUUGCUGGACCACCCUGUCACACGACUUCGCUUCACUAAGUGCUUCAGCUUUGCCAGCGCCCGUGCUGAGACCGCCUACCUUACACAACGAGCACGCUUCUUUGGAGACAAUGAGGGCCUGGAUGACUACAUGGAGGCACGGGAGGGCAUGCACCUGAAGAACGUUGACUUUCGAGAACACAUGCUAGCAUUUCCAGAUCCCGCGCGGCCCCCCUGGUACACACGUCGUUGGGUGUACUGGCUGGCUUCUGCUCUGCUGCUGUCCUGGCCGCUCAGGGUGGUCGCCGAAUACCGCACAGCCUACGUCCACUACCACGUGGAGAAGCUCUUUGGCGAGAAUGAGGAUGCCAGUGACAACGAUAACAGUGAGAAUUAUCGGUCAGGAUUUGAGCAUGGCACAGGAGGUCCCACUCUGCGCGUUAUAUCCCGUGUAAACACUGUGGACAUAACUGAACUGGAGUGGCACAUUCGCUGCAACCAGCAAAUAGUGCCCAGCUAUUCAGAGGCCUUGCUUAUGGACCUGGACAUGAACACUAACACACCACUGUCAGUUGCAAUGGCAGCCCAAAUGAGACGUAACUCCAGCUACUUCCUCCAGAGCUGCCCUCGUUGCCGGAGGUCCACAAGCAGCUCUUCUUUGCCCUCCUGGGCCAGAGGGAAUGUGAUAAUGGGCGCAAACUCAUUUCCAGUCAGGGCUGGAGGGAGGCUGGUUCUGAGCCGCAGCGGCCUCUCCCUGGGGCGCUUCCACUCCACCCGAAACCGCCACACCUGCCUAUUUCAUUCAAGGAGCCUUGGAGGAGGACUAGGGGGCAGAGGGGAGGAGGGAGGCGGGGGCUUUCUAGGCCUGGGGUUCCGCACAGCAGAUGAGGAGAGGAGAGGUGUACUAGAGGGGGAAGGGGAGGGGCUGGAGGAUGAAGAGAAUUGUGAGGCUGAGGAGCGAGGGCAGGGAAACAAUAGAGAGAAUAGAGAGGUCAGGGGAGAGGAGAGAGACAGGCCACCGGCCUAUCAUGAUGCUCUAUACUUUCCUGUGUUGAUCAUUCAUGGAGAAGAGAGCUGCCAUGGUGGACAGGACAUUGACACUGGAUAAUGCCGGGGACUGGUGUGUGAAAUGUAGAUUAGGAUGUGUGCAAUGGUGUUCAGGUAAGUGAACUAAAGGAAUAGAAUAGGGAGUAAGGCAGAAGACUGUUGGGCACUUACUGAGGAAAAUAAUUCAUACCCAGGGAAGAUACAAAGAUGAAAGUAAGGUGAAACCUGAAUGUUUGAUUAUUUGAAGAAAGAGAAAAUAUGUGUUUUCACCCUAUACAAGACCAGAGAGUAGCACUAAAGAACAACUCCAGUAUGAAUGAAUGUAUAGAAUAUCAUAGGGUUUAACGGAAAACAUGAUAUCCAGGUCAGUUCAUGUUCGUGCCAGCUGGCACAAAGUUGACAUGGACUGACCCGUUAGAAAAUUCUUAGAGGCAUGAAUC